GGCAUGUGGGAUCUUAGUUUCCGGAACAAGGACUGAACCUGCAUCCUCUGCAUUGGAAGCACAGAGUCUUAACCACUGAACCACCAGAAGUCUUGUCUCCAGGUAUCUUCCAACCUCUCCUCCAACACUGACUCAGACAGCUACGGUGAAGUGAAUGAUUUGAUCACCCAAAUAUCCUCCAAAGUGCAGAUACAAGAUAUUACUAUGGAAUUACACUGCCCACUGUGUAAUGACUGGUUUCGUGAUCCACUAAUGCUAAGCUGUGGCCACAACUUCUGCCAAUCUUGUAUCCAAAAUUUUUGGAAGCAGCAAGCAAAUGAAACAUUCUGUCCUGAGUGUAAGAUGUUAUGUCAGUACAGCAACUGUACAUUUAACCUUGUACUGGAGAAGCUAGUAGAGAAGAUUAAGAAGCUACCCCUGCUCAAGGGCCAUCCACGGUGCCCAGAGCAUGGAGAGAACCUGAAACUGUUCAGUAAGCCAGACGGGAGACUAAUUUGCUUUCAAUGCAAAGAUGCUCGAUUGUCUGUGGGGCAGUCUAAAGAAUUCCUGCAGAUCUCUGAUGCUGUCCGUUUCUUCACGGAGGAGCUUACCAUCCAUCAGGGUCAACUGGAGGCAACCCUGAAGGAGCUUCAGUCCCUGAAGAAUAUGCAGAAAGAUGCUAUUGCUGCUCACAAGGAAAACAAGCUACAUCUGCAGCAACACAUCUCCCUGGAGUUUCUAAAGCUGCAUCAGUUCCUGCACAGCAAAGAAAAGGACCUUUUAAGUGAGCUCCGAGAAGAGGGGAAAGCCUUGAAUGAGGAGAUGGAGCUGAAUCUGAGCCACAUUCAGGAACAGUGUCUCCUAGCCAAGGAGAUGUUGAUGAGCAUCCAGGCACGGAUGGAGCAGCAGAACCCCUUCGACUUUCUCAAAGACAUCACACCUCUCUUGGACAGCCUGGAGCAAGGAAUGAGAGUGCUGACGCCCAAGGAGCUUGUCUCCAGAAAGCUGAGCCCAGGCGUGUUCAAAGGGCCCAUCCAGUACACGAUGUGGAGGGACAUGCAGUCCGCCCUCUCCCCAGGCCUAUCUCCAUUAACUCUGGACCCUAAAACUGCUCACCCAAAUCUAGUGCUCUCCAAAAACCGAACCAGUGUGUGGCAUGGUGACAUUAAGCAGGUAAUGCCUGAUGAUCCAGAGAGGUUUGACUCAAGUGUGGCUGUGCUGGGCUCAAAAGGCUUCACAUCUGGAAAGUGGUACUGGGAAGUAGAAGUAGCAAAGAAGACAAAAUGGACAGUUGGAGUUGUCAGAGAAUCCAUCCUUCGGAAGGGCAGCUGUCCUCUAACUCCUGAGCAAGGAUUCUGGCUUUUAAGACUAAGGAACCAAACUGAUCUAAAGGCUCUGGAUUUUCCUUCUUGCAGUCUGAAACUGAGUAACAACCUCAACAAGGUGGGCAUAUAUCUAGAUUAUGAAGGAGGACAAGUGUCCUUCUACAAUGCUAAAACUAUGACCCACAUUUACACCUUCAGUAGCACGUUCAUGGAGAAACUUUACCCUUACUUCUGCCCUUGCCUUAAUGAUGGUGGAGAGAAUAAAGAACCACUGCAUAUCUUACAUCCACAGUAA